AUGAGCACCACCAAAACUACCACAUCACUGAUGCCCAAGACAACUUCUUCAUCCCCGAUCCCUCCAAAGCUCAACAAACCCGAUGAGUUGGGAGUCUUAGAGGAAUUCGAGAUCGUCGACGAGAUGACCGACCUCCAGCCAGAAAAAGUGAAGCGGUUUCCCGACCCCUACCGUGGAAAGAGGGUGCAGCCAGUCAUCGAAAAAAACUUCGGCCAAAACAAUAUUGACGCGAAAGAUAGCUCCGUGAUUGGGUUCUACAAUCAAGGCAGCAAGCGAGACAGCUUCCGAGGGCUGAGCUUCAGACGAUACUUCACCUACGAGACUAACAACGAGAAAGAACUCAUUGGUUCCUGGCUGACCAAGUGGGAACCGAAAUACAACUGCUAUAAUCAGUAUCUUCGUCCUCACUUCCGACAUUGA